UUCAAAAUGGUGGCAACAUCUAAGUGGCGGAGUUUGUUGCUGAUGUUCACAGGAGCCUGCUGCUGUCAUCUAGUGCUUUCACAGGCUCCAGUAAGAAAUUUCACAAUAGACUAUGACAAGAACACAUUCCUGAAGGAUGGGAAGCCGUUCCGCUAUGUGUCCGGAAGUAUCCACUACAGUCGGGUACCUCAGGACUACUGGCUGGACAGACUCCUCAAGAUGUACGCUGCAGGGCUGAAUGCUAUACAAGUGUAUAUUCCCUGGAACAUUCACCAAACAAGUAAGGCCAGUGUGUAUGAUUUCACUGGUCAGCAAGACUUUGUCCAGUUUAUAACUCUGGCCCAUGGUGUGGGACUACUGGUCAUACUCCGACCUGGGCCAUUUAUCUGUGCUGAGUGGGACUUUGGAGGUUUACCAGCUUGGAUACUGAAGGAAAAUCCUAAAACAGUUUUUAGAUCGAUGGAUUCAACCUACAUACAUUAUGUGGAUCAAUGGUUUGAUGUCCUCAUGCCGAAGGUGAAGCCCCUGUUGUACGUAAAUGGUGGUCCUAUCAUUACAAUACAGAUAGAGAAUGAGUACGGGAGUUAUUUUGCCUGCGACCAUACCUACACAGAACACUUGAGGGACAAGGUAAUUUCUCACCUGGGCAAGGAUGUGGUUCUCUUCACUACAGACAAUGCUAUUGACCCGUUUAUUAAGUGUGGCAAGAUACCCGGAGUCUACUCCACUAUAGACUUUGGAGUCACAGAAUAUGAAAAACCAACUGAUAAAUUUAAACAUCAGAGGAAAUUUGAACCUAAAGGUCCGCUGGUGAAUUCAGAGUACUACACUGGCUGGCUGGAUUACUGGGGGUCUAAACACCAGGUCCGUAGCACAGCUAAUGUCGCCAAGGAUCUCGACGAGCUGCUUAGUUACGGGGCGAACGUUAACAUGUACAUGUUUGAGGGAGGAACAAACUUUGGAUAUUGGAAUGGAGCUAAUUACUUUGUUUUCCCACUGUUUGAGCCAGUUCCCACAAGUUAUGACUAUGAUGCACCCUUAACAGAGGCAGGGGACAUAACUCCCAAGUACCACACGCUCAGACAGGUCAUAUCAAAGUACAACACCCUACCAGACAUACCGAUUCCUACAUCCUCACAAAAGGCCAAGUAUGGUACAGUCCCGAUGAAGUUUGUUGGAACUGUACAAGACCUCCUCCCACAGCUCAGCCCUACAGGUGGGGUGAUCUCUACACAUCCACUCACAAUGGAGGCCAUUGGACAGAACCAAGGAUUUGCCCUGUACAGACAUGUGUUGAAGAAAGAUCACAACAUAAACACAGUUUUACAGGUGUCUGGAGUCAGAGACAGGGGAUAUGUCAUGUUAGACAAUACCUCCAUUGGCAUUGUUGUUCGGGAAAAAGAUCCAUUUUUGAGAAUAAGUGGAAAGAAAGGACAGGUUUUGGAUAUCCUGGUUGAGAAUCAGGGUCACAUCAAUGUUGGCCGAGCCUUGACAGAAAACCUCAAAGGGAUAAUACAGGAUGUCACACUAGGAGGUGAGGUACUCCAGGAUUGGGUUAUCUUUCCUAUUUUACCAGAGAACAUUGACACGACCACGCUGGCUCAAUGGAAAGGAUCCACAUCUGUUCCAGACACCAGGGUCCCCUCUAUAUAUGUCGGACAACUGACCAUCAGUGGAGACCCCCAGGAUACCUACCUGGACAUGACUGGAUGGUCAAAGGGUCAAGCUUUGUUGGAGGGUGAGAUCAACUUAGGUCGUUACUGGCCCACAGCGGGACCUCAGGUGAGGAUGUAUGUCCCGCGGCCCUACCUACACGGUAACUCUCGACUCAACACACUGGUCAUGCUAGAGUUGGAGAAGGCUCCCUGUGAGUCUAGUAGUCCCUGUAGUGUCAGCUUUGUCGAUCAGCCCCUCAUCAACGGCACCACAACAACAUUCUCAAGGUCACAUCAACCUUGACCUUAUUUGUUAACUUUGUCAAUGAUUCCAUCAAUAAUAGCAUCACAAGAUCUCAGGGGAAAAAACCCAUUUGAAGUCAACUCUAAGUCAACUCUAUGUCACCAUGACAUCUUCUCAAGGUCACAUCAACCUUCAUCUUUGAUGUUGUUCAGAUUUCACUGCCAUGACUCAACAUUAUGCUUUUGGAGAAAACAAACAAGACACUUGUAAGAUGUUAGAGACUGUUGUAUUGACUGUUUGUAUCUGAACUGUUGUCUACAACCUAGGACACUUGUGUCACCUCAACUGAUGAACAUAUUUGAGUCGAUCAUUUCAUCAUUAGGUUAAUUGGGGAAAUGAUACAGUGAGAUUAACACUUACCCUGUGAUUUACCUUUUAAGUUGGUUAUAUCAUAUACUUGAGUGCAUUUGUUGACUUCCAUUUUUAUAUUUUGAAGUUUCUGUUCUACUUUUUACCAAGCAGUAUUACAAACUUCUGUAUUACAGUGCUGUCUGUAUAUCUUCAUUAGUGUAAUUGUCUAUAUAUCAGUACAAACUUCUGCAUUACAGUGCUGUCUGUAUAUCUUCUGUAUUACUGUGCUGUCUGUAUAUCUUCUGUAUUACAGUGCUGGCUGUAUAUCUUCACUAGUGUAAUUGUCUACAUAUCAGUACAAACUUCUGUAUUACAGAUCUGUCUGUAUAUCUUCUGUAUUACAGUGCUGUCUGUAUAUCUUCACUAGUGUAAUUGUCUACAUAUCAGUACAAACUUCUGUAUUACAGAGCUGUCUGUAUAUCUUCUGUAUUACAGUGCUGUCUGUAUAUCUUCAUUAGUGUAAUUGUCUAUAUAUCAGUACAAACUUCUGUAUAACAGUGCUGUCUGUAUAUCUUCAUUAGUGUAAUUGUCUAUAUAUAAGUACAAACUGUGUAGCUAUGAUUUAAUAGUUCACUUAACUUUAUAUUUUCGACCUUUUGACAAAGUGCAAUAAAAAAAGUUUUUAAACAUUGUUAUGAUUGA